AUGUUGGAUUAUUACACUCGAGGACAAACUCUACCAGAAAUUGACAACAAUCAGGAUUACCAACUGGUGUAUGCAUCAGAGAUAGGUGGAUACACAGAGCUGAUGUUUCAGAGACCACGUGAUACCGGUGAUGGCACUGAUAUACAGUUUGCGGUCGAAGAAGAGAAGUACAUAAUCUGGGCCUACGGUAGUGAUGACACCAGGAGCCCUAAUGACUUUGAUCGACAUGCUGCAAGGGGCGUUGGUGACAUGCAGCUUGUUAUAGUUGACAAACCUCCUAUCCCUACCAAGGCCGCCGCAGUAUCCUUGCUGCAUUCAUGCAUUAAUACAAUCUUAAUUGCAGCCGCAAUAGUAUUCUUAAAUGUUUUGGUGAUGUAAAAUGUUGGUAAAAAAAGAAUUAAUUAAAUUUCCACCGUUUUUUACAAGACACGGGAAGCGUUGUCGUAAUGUAAGAUAAAAGAAAGGUCGGCUGACUCCUUAGCAAAACCUUGAUUGCUCAAGGCACCCAUUAAGACCACAGCCUGACCAGCUAAAUUAGUCAUGUAGUAAAUUAUCCUAAACACAGUCUUUUGUAAUAAGACGUCGUUUAGAAACGAAUAGUAGAGGAGGAAGAUACCAAAGGUGUGGCCUUUUUUCUCUUUGUAAUUUUAUUUUAUUUUUUUACCAUUUUCCAUUUUCUGAUUAAUAUCAUAUUUUUGUUGUUGGUUAUGUAUUGACGACUCGUGAGCAUUUUGUUUAAAUAAAGAAGUUAUAACA